AUCGAAUCACAAGUGUAGCAGUUUGUCCAAAAGACAAGAAUGUGGUUAUUGUAGGAGGGCAAAAUAAGCUAAUUAAUUUACUUCAUAAGACGUAAGUCAGGCUGUGGUGAUUUUAAUUAGCAGUACUGCGCGUCACCCGCCGUGGUUGCUCAGUGGCUAUGGUGUUGGGCUGCUGAGCACGAGGUCGCGGGAUCGAAUCCCGGCCACGGCGGCCGUAUUUCGAUGGAGGCGAAAUGCGAAAACACCCGUGUACUUAGCUUUAGGCGCACGUUAAAGAACCCCAGGUGGUCGAAAUUCCCGGAGCACUCCACUACGGCGUGCCUCAUAAUCAGAAAGUGGUUUUGGUACGUAAAACCCCAUAAUGUUUUUUUUAGUUUUGCGCGUCAUCUGCUCGCAAGCUACGGCAGAGGUUGUGGUGAAGAACAUGGAUCUAUAUUUACUCGCUAUGUUUUUUAGGUAAACACAAACUCAUGUACACGGCCGGCUUUGUAUUUCGCUUCCGGCGCUAUGAAGAUAUCAUGACUUGGAAUGUCGCAAAAGUGUGGUUGUGGAUCUGCUCAUGUCUAUUGGCGGCUCUUUUAUACGGCCUAUCCUUACACAACUAUGCACAGUCCGAAGACAGCCAUUAUUUUGUUACUGCACGGUAAAGGAAUGUUACACUGCAAACCGCUCACGGUGUGACAUGCAUAUUUUGACUGCAAGCCAUUGUUAUGUUCAGUGAAAUCCCACAAGACGUAUUUUAAGCGUCGCUGUGUUGUAUAUGACUUUGUCUGCUCGGCUUGCUUUCAAAAAAACGAAAUUCUCGGAGCUUGCGUAAGGAAAAGAAGUUCUAACUCUACGUUGUAAAACUGAGCGUCGCAUUGCCUUCUUCUUUUUUUUUUUUUUUUUGCUUGGUACUGAGCGCCCGCUUAGCAACCGACGCUUGUCGUGUCAAGACGCCUGUUAACUGGGCUUAAAUUUACAUUGUAUUCAAUUUCAUUCUUUUCCCAUGCUGCCUGUUAAUCUUCUUUGUGUUGAGUCUUUUUGUCUUUAAGGACGAAACAUCUCUAUGCUUCAAUUUUAUUUUCCUUGAACCCAGUUUUCCUUCCUUGAGGGCGUUUCGUAAUACGCUCGUAACCGCGUGCCCCGCAUACUCGCGUUCAUUCCUUGGCCGAGCAUCAUUGCAAAGCAGUGGUGUCGAAAGAGGAAAAAAAACAAUCCUCUCGCGCUUACUCUGUUCUCCGUUCCCUGGCGUUACCCCUUCCACCUUCCUUUUUGCUCUUUCUGAGCUGCGCUACAAGCCUAAAAAAGUCAUGACAUACCAACUCGCCCAAACUGCCACGCUUUUACUCUCCCAUACGCCCAACCCCUUACAUAUUUUUUUCUUAGUCUACUUCUUGACUCAGCCACUACUCUUCGUCACACUUUUUCAUAGGACACAAAGAUAUCUGCCUCGUCCGAAACUAGAGUGUCUUCUAGUCUCAUAACUUGUCCGCACUGUGCCAACAAUCGCGCAGCACUAGGAAUGUACAAACUGACCCCAACCCGUCUGACUUGGUUGGCUGCAAUAUUGCUGUGGCUGGCGUGUUCGCGAGUGCCAUGGCUCCUAGGUCUGGCGACCAACGUGGGGCUACUGUUGGUGACGCUGUUCUCCGGCUACUGGUUGCUCUGGUACGGACACCGUGCUUUGUUCAACGGAUUCGUAGAUCCCGAAGGAAAGUGCGUACUUAUAACAGGUAAGACUGAUUACUUGCUUUCAACUCGCGUAAAGAGUUCCGCGCACUGUAUGGGACGCCAUGGUUGAGUAAUAGCUCCGGGUUCAUCUUCAUUGGCUCAGGUGUUCUCAGCCGACACCAAAGUCGCGGAUCAUGGCCCACUUAUUGAAUUAUGCACCUGUCGGAAUGGGGUCGACGACACCCGAGCGUCGAACUCCGAACUUUGUGUACACUUUAUAACGUCGCAGACGCUCAGUUGCUGAUUCGUCGUGUGGCUGAGAAGCAUGAUUGGACUUGCACAAGUGCACUGCAAACGACCUCCAAUAAUUUUUGUUUGGUUCCUUGCUUGCAGAGUUGUCAAAACUUCCGAUGUUACCAUGUGGAGUGCGUGGCUUCUCCGAUUAUUUUAAUGAGGGCUUCCACAAUCUAGGUGUGUGGGUUUGCGUACAAUUACACAUCAGUGGCAGCACACACCAUGAUAAAUGACUAGGCAAUCCAUAUCAACAAAUUGUAGCGCAGAAAAACGUGGAAAGAAGAAGCGAGACGAGAAACUUGCGCUAGACUUUCUGACUUCUAUGACUUUGAAUCUGACGUUCCAUCUUAGAGAGACGCCUGCAGUUGCAGGAAAGUCAAGUUGCAAGUGCGAGCCCGGAUGAUACUGUGGACAAAACAUGGGAACCAGUACUCAGUUCACUAGGUCAUGCCUUUGGUUCGCUUCAUAAAAUACCAGAAUGUGGUUUAGAAGGUAGACACGGGUGGCGCUUUUUCUUUUUCGUGUUGGCAGUCAGUUGGUCACUAGAGUUCCACAUCGGCGUUAAUGUAUUGUCUGGCGGCUGUGUAUGGUGUCCUUGAAUAACUCAGGAAGCACUCAUCGCAGGAUGCGACAUCGGCUUUGGGUUCAUGCUUGCCACGCAGCUAGCUGAUGAGGGAUUCUUCGUGUACGCCGGAUGCUUGGACGAAGGCGGUGACGGCUCGAAGUUACUGAAGAGGACGACGAACAUCCGGGUUUUACAAAUGGACGUCACGAAGGAGGAAGAAGUCACUCGAGCUUUCCAGAUUGUGCAGGAGACUCUCGGUGGGAAGCAUCUGUGGGCAGUGGUCGCCAACGCCGGGGUCGGCAGCAUUGGCUACAUCGAGUGGCAGCCCUUGAAACGCGUCCGCUCCGUGUUCGACGUCAACACGUUCGGUGCCCUCUCCGUGUCUGCCACUUUCCUGCCGCUGCUCAAGAAGGCUCGCGGAAGACUCGUCCUGGUCACCAGCAUUUUGGGUCGAAUGACUCUUCCCGAGUGCCUCACCUACUGCAUGUCCAAGAGUGCCUGCACCUCGCUCGCCGACGGCCUCCGACGUCAAUAUCUCAACAGGGGCGUUCACGUGUGCACUGUAGAGCCCGCCGCCUACAGAACCGCGAUGAUGGACCAUGCGAAGAUGGAAGAGACUUACGACCGCGACAUGGCGCUGCUCCCGGAAAGCGUUCGCAGCGCCAUCAACGAGCGGUCCGUCGCACGCUCUAAGCACACGGCGGAUGUUCUCCACUCCUUCAUCAUGAGAGACAGCCCGCAGGAGGCAGUGGACUCCAUGAAGCGGGCCGUGCGGGAGCGACUUCCUCGCGCGGCUUACAAACCCGGCGGACUCUCGGACGCCGUCAUACGGUGGUUCUACGACAUGGGGCCGACAGACAUGGUCGACGAAGCCAUCGACGCGGCGCGCAGGAUAGCGAUGCUUAUGAAGAGGAAGUAGGAGCACGCGCCUUCCAUCCGGUCCCCGACUAGAGCAAGAUGGGCUCUCUCUUCCAAAAACAACCAUUUCGGCGAAACCAUCGACGAAGGUUGUCGAUGAAAACGAAUAACUGAACGUUUCUACAAAGCUAUUCGCUUUAGUGAAGGAAUGAUCAGUUUGGAAGGGGCGUAGUUGUUGCAGCGAGGAUGUUGAAGUAGCGUUUAUCGUUCCGUUCCGUAAUUUUGCGAGGAACGGAUCCGUUACCCAGCUAUUCUGCAGAAGUAGUCCAAGUGUAGGGACCUAUACUUCGACUGAGUAGUAUAUGUGGUUCUACCAAUACGCUUAAUUCCCAUAUUGGUGUUGUCUCCAGCAGUACAUAAGGCCACUGCCAUUCUCCUCUCCUGCCGCUGGAACCCUUCCCCGAAACCGCUGAUGGAGGACAGAGUGGUGGGGAAAGAAGGGGCUUUUCUUACCGAGUGCUCUACCGCAGCAUCUAAACCUACAGACGCCAAAAGCUACCGCACGACAACACGUUAGUCUCAAAGAUCGAUACAGUGGGCAUUGGGCAACGAACGCGCUGCGCCAUUCGGUUGCGCGACAUCACGCGCCUAUUGCAUGGGCGGUUUAAGGCCGACCAGUGUCAAGCACCACAAAAACGAGCGAAACAGCCAAAUAAAGCUACUCGCUUUAAAAUAUCCUCCUUUCGUCGAAUGCAACAAGGACCACUGCGCAAAUACGAUACAAAGAAACAUGGACGGUUUACACACCCCUUCACGUCGUGUAUAUCGAGAUUCACUUCUCAACCAUUUGAAGACUUGAGCACUUGAGGCGCGUCACCUGACUAGGAAGAUUUUGCAGUGAUCAAGUGGCAUCUCCUUCCACAAUGCCAGAAACAGAGUAGAUGACGAUUCAGGAUGACCUAGCUUGCAUAUUCAUCGAUCUUGAGGAGUACAUCAACGGUUAUGAAAUGAAAGGGGCGAGGGGAGGGGUCAAGACAUCAACUUCAGGGAUGUCAAAGAAGCCACUCUAGGAAUACAGGGGAGGCAUUCCGUAAGAGUCCACCAAUUGCACAUGUCUAUUUCGUCUCCUAUUGAAGUUCUUAUUGGCUGGGCUGUGCUGCGCGCCUGCAGCACAAGGCGCCAUAGCCAAUGAGCACUUGAGCAGCAGACUAAAUGGACAUGCCCACUAGGUGGACUGUUACAGAAUAACUCCCCUGGUCUCCUAGACUCCGUCCUCUCGUUCACGCUGGCCUGCUGGAGCGAGAGGUCACUUCUGACCGACGUAGUGAGGUCUAAUCAGGUGAGCGCAUUUUGAGAGCGGCGAGCGCCAUUGGGCUUGUCCGUUUUAUUUCGAUAGCUCUUUGGACACUCCAGGCACAGUUUUGCUGUCGCCGUCGCCGUGAUGUUCUGUAUAAAGUCCAAGGAUGAUACCGUUGCCGCGCACCGUAUGCUGUUUGUGCGACUUCGUGCGAGGGUGAGCCGACGAUUGCGACUCAAGCUCCAGGGGGAGGGGAAGGUAGGGGGGGGGGGUUCUACUCCUGGCGGCCCGGGCGGCCAGGCGCAACCGCACCGGCCGUUGUAUCUUCAAAGUAAUCUGGGACGGGGACAGAGUCCGCCGUGCGCUGUUUUCGCGGCAUAAUUCGCGUUGAUGCGAGAUGAUGAGCUAAGGUCAAUUCGCUCGCUGCUACUGCCGCACUUCCUCACUCCGGCGUUUUGACAGCGAGUUCCCACGGUCAUCGAGUGAGGGGGGAUCAUGUUUCCUUGUACACGCGUGAAGCCAUGCUUGUUAAUUUAUUUACUAUACCUACGUUUAUACGUUCAUACAGCCAAUAAAACUACUUUCCUUCCA